CGACAGUAGAGUGUGCACGUGACCUUCUCGUGAAAUUCCUCUCAAAUUGAGAUUAUCAAUGCACAAGAUGGACAGUGUUUAAAAAUGGAUCAUCUGUUUUGUUUUGAACAGGUAUAGCCAACAACUUGGAAAGCAAUUGCAGAGAUGAGUGGACCGUCGGUUGGGUCGCUAAAUGCCGCGAAUGCAACGACAGCAACAUCCACACCCGACCAUGGACAUGAGGAACCACGGCGAAAACUGGUGGUGGAAAUGCCAUCUAAGAUCAAGGAUGUUUACCAGAAGAAGAAAGACUACCGCCAUCGACCGUCCAAGAAAGCCGUCCUCAUCAAGUGGAUCUCGACCUUGCUUUUGUUUGUACUGAUAUUGGGAUUUAUUAAUUUCAGUAAGAUAUCGGUUAUAUCCAUUACAAACCGAAUGUACCAUGCAGAAAAGAACGGCCACGCUCCGGGAAUGUUUAUAAUGCUACAAUUAAUGGCAGUUAUACCUCAGGUAAUCAAUUUCAUGAGAGGUAUCAUGCGGGGAGCAUUCCGUAAGGAUAUACCAUGGCCAUCGAAGAGGUCUAUGACAGUGGCGACGGUGGUAUGUCUUUUGGAAUCAGUUGGUAUUACAUUAUUCAUCUUCAAAAUCCCCGGUAUCACUAAACCAGUUGUUGUUGUGCUCCUUAUGAUGUGCGUGUUUAUUGCGCCUAUCAUCUACAAUCUUGUGAUCAGUUUUAUACUCGGAAGAGAUGGGCUGGCAAGGGAUAGGAUCAUAUUCGUUAUGGCGCUUGUAUUUGAAAUUGGAGGCUGUGGAUUGACUGGUUUCCUCUGUUUUAAAGAUACAAGCAAAGUUGAAGAUUUCAUCAUGGCUCUAGUCGCUGUGUUGUGUUUAUCAAUUUCGUGGACGCCUGGAGUUCAACGAUACCUAUUGAAGCCCGGUAAAGAUGUGAGUAGCGAAAUAUCGUCACCAAGUGAUAUUCAUAACACGAGUGGUGCUAUAAACCCAGAUGAUACAAGUAUCCAGACACUGGACACACCUCCACAUGCAAACAUGGCCUGUCCUCAGCCUUCAAAAUUUUCUCUCCUAACACGACCAUCUUGGAAGCUAACCAUCUAUAUGUCAUCCUUUAAAGCAAUCCUGAUAUAUGGCAUAUCUAUGCUUCUGUGUCAAUUCUCUUCUCCCGACGGAAUUUCGGGGAUCAGUGAUUAUUUGAAAGGUUGGAGUCAACUAAAUUUUUCCGACCUUAGCCCAACUUACUGGUUCUUUUUCUGUGGAAAUCUGAUAGGAAGUUUGUUUGGGUAUUUCACAGCUUACAUAGCAUGUACAACCUGUAUGCAGAAAUUCGGAUUUUCCAUACCGUUGGCCUUUGUCAGUUCACCGAUGGCGUUUGCUCUGCUUUUCCCAAAUGUACUAUGUGAUAAGAUAGUCAUUGCAUCAGCUAGUCAGUGUGCCUUAGAUACAACGGAAAGGACAUUUGCAAUCGUUGCCUUGGUGUUACUGGUUGCUGCUCAAAUAUUAUCCACUGGAUAUCUCAUCUUUAGGUCGCAGUCGGUUGUGAUGUUGAAAGAAGACCAGCUAUUUUGGACACCCAUGUACAAUUCUGCCUUACUGGAGCAAUGGUUGAUGCUGGUCAGAAAGAAUGAAUACCACGACGAAGGCCAUCAAAACCCCACUGAAAAGGCAAAGCAGUCAAAGAUUUUUAUUUGUACAACAAUGUGCAGAGAGGCUGAUUAUGAGAUGAAACAGCUUCUGGAGUCUAUACAAGGACUUAAUCUCGCACAAGCAAAAGGCAACCGGCACUUUGAGGCCCACGUUUUCUUUGACGGAGCUGUGAAGGACAGAAACCCAACGGAGUUUGUACUACAGCUGGUUUCACUUGCUGAAACAGUGCUAGGUGUAGAAGCAGAAUUCAGUACCAAAAACGCCACCCCGUACGGAAUCUCAUUUUCAUGGAAACUAAAAGCUGCAGACAGCGGGAAAGGAAUGGUGUUCCGAAUCCACCUUAAAGAUAAUCUAAAGGUCAAGAACAAGAAAAGGUGGAGUCAGGUGAUGUACAUGUCAUAUGUGCUCGACUUUCUCCUUAAACAAGACGAAAAUGCAUCGGAAGAAGACUGUUUUGUCCUCACAACUGAUGCAGACGUGCGGUUCACACCUGACUCUGUUGAAGCCCUUCUUGACCUCAUGACCCGAGAUAACACAGUCGGAGCGGUGUGUGCCAGAACCCAUCCCCUUGGGAGCGGUCCACUAGUGUGGUACCAAGUUUUCGAGUACGCGAUCGGUCACUGGUUUCAGAAGGCGGCGGAACAUGUUAUUGGGUCAGUUCUCUGUUCACCAGGAUGUUUCAGUGUGUACAGAUGCCGAGCUAUCAGGGAUAUCCUUCCUCAGUAUGCAACGAAUGUGGAACACGCAUUCGACUUCCUCACCAAAGAUAUGGGGGAAGACAGAUGGUUUUGUACCCUUCUGGUCCAAAGUGGCUGGCGGAUUGAAUAUUGCGCCGCUUCAGAGAACAGUACGCAUUGUCCGGAAGACUUCGACGAGUUCUUCAAACAGAGGCGUCGCUGGGUUGCGUCCACAUUAGCAAACCUGAUGCUUCUAAUCAAGGAAUGGAGCAUCAUCUCAAAGUUGAACCCCCGUGUGUCCAUCAUUUUCCUAGUGUAUCAGAUGAUCAUAUUGAGUGCCACUCUUAUUGGUCCAAGCUCAGUUAUCCUGGUAGUAACCGGUGGCCUCAAAUACUCUUGGAAUAUCGGCGUUACGACCAGCGUUGUGCUACAAGUACUUGUUACCGUGGGAUACGCAGCUACGUGCCUGUUGACGUCAUCAAAGACGCAGCUGAACGUUGCAAAACUGUUAACAUUCCUGUACGCUGUGAUCAUGUCGGCUGUAAUGGUCGGUGCUGCAGUUCAGAUUGCAAAUGACUUCAGCAAAGACAGUGACACUGUGAUCAAUAAAGCAAGCUUCCCCAUAUCAAUUACAACUCUUUACCUCGGGAUAAUGGUGGGCAUAUUUUUCAUCACUGGAAUCUUACAUCUUUGGGAGUUUGUCUAUCUACUCCACGGCGUCUGGUUCUUCCUCUGUAUCCCGGCUGGCUAUCUCGUCUUAAUGAUCUACAGCAUCAGUAACAUCACCGAUCGAUCUUGGGGUACUCGAGAGGUAAAAACACACUCGGUCCGGGAAGUUAACAAAAACUGGCAAGAUUCACUGACUAAGGCAUUCAAAUCCUUUUUCUUCUGCUGCUUUAAAAAGCAAUUAUCUUCUGCAACAUCAAGCACACAAACUGAGCUUCCACAAACAAAGACGACAACAAUGCGAACAAUGUCAUUGGGUCGACAAACCACGACACAGGAAUCCCAGUCAAUGGUAGACGAAAGCCAGCCCACAUCUCUCAAGAUCUCUGAUUUUAGGAAAUCUGUGAGGUUUGAUAUGGGUAUCAUUGGCGAUUUGAACGAAGAAACGAACGUAGCCGGAAAUCUCAAUGCAGUUUUUGACGACAACAGCGACGACGAGGAAGAUACUGAAAACAAAGUACGGACUGUCGAGGAAUGGCUCCCCAAAGAAUCAAGGGACACUCCAGCGCAACAUGAGUUGGUAAAGAGAUUUAAGGAGCAUGGAUUCGAAAAUACUAUUUUCAUCAGCAGAAUGACUGAAAAGGAAUUAAAAGAUGUAGGUGUGAAAAGUGCUGGCUUGAAAAGUUUUUUUAUGGAAAAUAUCAAGCGCCUUCCAGAUUAUGAAAUUCAAGCCUUUGUACCGAAAACGGUUGAUGAGUGGCUGGACAACAUAGGCUUGGGGAUAUACAAGGAGAACUUCAAGAAGGAACAGAUUAGAAUUGCAAAAGAUAUGGAGGUAUUGAAGUCCUUCUCAAGGAGCGAUAUCGAGCGCGACCUUAAUAUAAAAAAGAUUGGUCACAUCAAAAGACUGCUGUACGCGAUAAGCAAGCUGAGAAAUCCAACAGAGGCCGAGAUGAAACUAAUUGAAGUUGGUGAAAGAUUGAACAAACCGGUCCAAGUCAAACUCUCUAACAAGGAUGGAUUUGAGUUUUGGGACAAUCUGAGAAACUUUUGUCUGAUUCCACAGUCCACAGCGUAUGGGUUGGAAAAGGACCUUAAAGAAAAGCUGGGUGACCUACGUAAUGCUUGGUUGAUGGUGUUUGCUGUCUCGAACGCUUUAUGGAUGGUCCUUAUAUUCACGUUGGCAAACCAAGGGCAGCUACUCAGUGUUGCGGGGAGUAACCCUGCUGGUGAGUAA